GCCAACACGAUUUAAAUGUCCGACGCCGCUAGCCGAGUGAUUCAAACGAAAGCGGAGGUCGGGGUGUCCUGCCUUUACCACUAUUUUGCUACUCUUCUCCUCGGACUUGUACCGCUUUUAAUGAGGCAAGUGUCGGGGCUGUCGGUCACGGUGUCAGGCAAGAUGACCUUAAACAGAAAAGUCUUAAAACGUGUGCAUUCGCCACUUAAGUCUCCAAAACGAAAUAAUACUUCCUUACGCAAGAAAGCCCUCAUUAAACAAUUGAGUGGUGACGUUCAGUUUGGUGCAGCAUCUAAGGCUAAUCUUAAAGUCGUUGUCAGAGUUCGGCCACAGAACAAAUAUGAAGAGGAGAAUAAUGCAAGAUGCAUUGUGAAGGUUGUGGAUGAUCACAUGUUGGUAUUUGACCCUAAGGAAGACGACGAUGAGUUUUUCUUCAGAGGUGUGCGUCAGCGUGCACGAGAUCUCAGCAAGCGUCAGAACAGGGAACAAAAAUUUGCUUUCGAGCGUGUUUUUAAUGAGAAUUCUACUAAUGAAGAAGUGUAUGAGGCAACCGUACAAGAUAUUAUUGAUACUGUUCUUAGUGGCUAUAACUGUUCAGUUUUUGCAUAUGGUGCAACGGGUGCUGGUAAGACCUUCACGAUGCUUGGGAAAAAAAACUACCCUGGGAUUACUUUCCUAACCUUGAUGGAGCUUUACCGACGUAUUGACGAGAUAAAGGAUGAAAAGACUUGUGAAGUGGGGAUUUCCUAUAUUGAGGUUUAUAAUGAAAUGGUGCGUGACCUUUUGAAACCAGGAAAACCACUUAAUGUGCAGGAAGAUGGACGUCAAAUUUUAAUACCAGGCUUAUCUCUUCACAAACCAGAAAAUGCAGAGGAAUUAAUGCAAAUGUUAUCACAAGGGAACCAAAACCGCACACAGCACCCUACUGAUGCCAAUGCUGAGUCUUCAAGGUCUCAUGCUGUCUUUCAGGUUUUUGUCCGUCAGCAAGACCGUGUUGGCAAUAUCAAAUCUAACGUUUCCAUUGCCAAGCUGUCAAUGAUCGACCUUGCUGGAUCUGAAAGAGGAGCUGCCACUGGUUUCAGAGGCGCCAGAUUUAGAGAGGGUGCCAGUAUUAACAAGUCAUUACUUGCACUUGGAAAUUGCAUCAAUGCUCUGGCAGAUGGACAAAGGCACAUUCCUUAUCGUGACAGCAAGCUUACGCGCCUUUUGAAGGAUUCUAUUGGAGGAAAUUGUCGGAGUGUUAUGAUAGCUACAGUAUCUCCAGCAUCAACGACUUUUGAAGAUACAUUCAACACGCUGCGUUAUGCUAAUCGUGCAAAAACAAUUAAAACUACCAUUAAAAAGAACAUCAUGAACAUAGACCAACAUGUUUCAAAUUAUGUUAAAAUUGUUGAAGACCUGAGGCAAGAAAUUUGCAGCUUAAAGGAGAAGGUAAAUCAGUAUGAGCAGAAGGAGAAAGAGUGGGAAGCUGAGAAAGAAGCUCUGGUAGCAGUCACAUCACAGCCUUCCCAAGCAUCACCUCUGAAAAAUGCAGAUUAUGAGGAAAAAAUUGCCAGCUUGGAAAAACAACUGCAGGAAAGAUCACCUUUGUUAACAGUACCAGAAGUGGAACCCUCUGUUACAAGAGAAGCAGAGGUUCAACAGAGGCUAAUUGAUGCAAGUCAUGAGCAGAAGUCUCUAAGGCGUGAGCUUCUGCAGCUGGAGAGCUCUCAGCGGGAAAUGGAGUUUAAGAUGCAUAUUUGUAAUGCACGUCUCAAUAGAAUGAAAAUAAUAGCCUUUGCAUCUAAGAGGCUAGAUAAGAGUAUCUCAAGAUGUGAACGCACUAUCCGAAAUCUGCAAAUUCGCCUUUCUCAAACCAAAAAGCUUCAAGACAGUGUUCAGAUGAAGUUGUCCACAAAUUUUGCCAAACUGCAGUUAAUCCAGGCAGAGUUGAAUCAAUGGGGACCCGAUUCUAAACACCCAUCAAAAGCAUCACAGGAUCUAAUUGAAAAAAGUAAUGGAAAUCUUGCUCUUCGGGAUCUCCACCAGCUUUCUGAAUACUUAAGAGGAUUAGUUAAAGAAGGUUUCAGUGAGCAGAAUGCAUCAGAGCAGCUCAUCUGCCUUCUCUUGACUGCUACAAGACAGUUUUAUUUACAGCUUCGUGUUCAAGAUAGUUGUACACCUGAGAUGGAAACCCUCUUUAAGAAUAUUCUUCAAGAUAUGGAUGAAAGCAAAGUAAUUUGGGCUGACCAGCAGUGUGUAAAUGAUCAAAAAGAAGUCGUCAAUGAGAAGGAAUGUUCAAUACCCCAGUUAGAUGUUUCGCAUUUCACUGUUCUCCCAAUUAGCAGUCAAAUUUUCAUGUCGCCUGUGAGCCAAGAUUAUAGAAUAUUCCGAAAAUCCAACUUGAAAUCCAGUAUCGGUUCCUCACAACUUCCUGGUGUGGAUCUCCAUUCUACAUUUGCUCAGACAGAGCUAGAGAGUACCAGCAGUGCUUUGACCAGUGUACCAGAGGCUGGCCAAUGCACAACUCCAGUCACAGUGUCUCGGUUAACAGCACCUGAAUCUUCUGUCCUCUCCAUGUUCAGCUCUGAAAAACAAAGAAAAUGGACAAGUGGUCAACUUCCAGUUAUUACCACUGGUUCAUUACAUAAAACAUCCCAUGUUUUGAUUCAAUCAGGGGACACGCACACUAUUUCUCCAAUGCAAAUAGGUCAUUCAUCAAGAGGUCCUUCUAGUGACAACAAAGAAAAUGAAACUACGCCCUUGCGUUUUGUUAGCAUGGUAAAAGGCAGUGGUAUUGAAUCAAUUUAUGAAACACUGGACUCUGUUAUUGCAAGUGAUUGUCGUUUGAACACCACUGAAUUAUUACAAGAUCCUGUAAAGUGUUCUGUAAAUAGAACUUUUGCCACAUCACCUAAGGCAGUCAGCACACAAGUUGACAUUUCUGGUAUUGCUCCUAACUUGAAUGUUACUAUUGAUGUGCCUUCAAAAUUUGAUAUAUCAAAGGCAAAAUCUGAUGCACCUAUUAGCUCAUGGGCUGUAAAUGCUACCACUGAAUUGCCAGUUAAUUAUGGAGGUUUUCAUUCAGUUAAGAACAUUCCUCAGCAACCCACAAGUGACAGUGUUCCUGUUGAUGAAUCAUUGUUAAUAAAUACUUUGGUCUCCAAGGAAACAUCAUCCUCAAGUACCAGAACAAAUUUGUGCAUGUCUGAUAAUAAACAGAUGCAUAAUACAACUAUAACUUUGCUGGGACAGAAUAGUAAAAGCUCGCAGAAUGGAAUUAACAUUGAAAUGACAAAAAUGUUGGACCCUGUCAUGCCUAUUACUGAUUUACAUUCUGUAGCACAAGGAAACCUAGAAGCUGCAAGCCAGCCCUUGGGCACCAUAAAAACAUCUAGAAUGCUAUUCAAAUCAUCUGCUUUAGAUUCAACAUUUAGCAUUGAAGAACUAAAAGCAAAGGAAUAUCGGAAUGUAUCGGAGCUUUCUCCAGGUUGUACAUCACUGGGCAUGGAGUCUCCAGGCAACUGUAAUGGCCAGGGAAGACAGGUAUUAGAUUCACUUCACCGUCCUCCUCUAAUGUCGGUAGAAAAUAAGAAGCCACUACUUAAUAUUCCAGUAACAAUUACAACAGAUACUCUGGGAACUGAUAUGAUUCCACCAUCCAAGGAAUACAAGGGAAGCUUGAAAAGGCCUUUUAGACCAAGCCCUCAGAAGGGUCCCAGCAGUGUGAAUACACCUGGAAAGGAAAUGCUUCUCAAAAAGAAUCUAACCCCAGGGAAGACCCAACACAGCGGCAACAAAAGUGGCUUAGCUUUCAAGCGGAGUGUCAGCACACCAUGUCUAACUCCCUCUAAAAUGAGCACUUCAAAAUCUGCUAAGUCAAUGUAUAAUGUAAAAAAUAAAUCCACAGGAUUUGGAAAAGCUCUUCAUAGAACAACUAGCUUUUUAAGGCCAAAACCUCAAGUUGGCAACAAUCAUGAUGAUGGUCCACCUUCAACACGCAAAGUUCUUCCUCAGAGUGCAUCUUUGAUGGGUCGUAAAGAUGCAGUCUUGACUUCUGCCAAACAUUCUUCCAAUAACUUAUAAACCAUGAUGGUUGAGUUACUAUUAUUCUGUUGGAGUUGAUUGUAAAUUAAAGGGUCCAAGUCUUUUGGUUAAUUAUAUUGUAAAUUACUUUAUCCAACUUUAUUUUAAUUAAUUGGAUCUUAGAGUGUUAAAUUUAAUAAAAAAAUUUACAACAAAAAGGGUAGUAAAAUAUAUUUGAAAAAUUAUAUUUUCUAUUAUAUAUGUACAAAAUAUAUUUAAUGUAGUUUGAAAUAAAUAUAU